UUAAAACAAAUGUUUCAACAAAAUUAGUUUGCCAUGUUGUAACAAAAACAUAUAUAUCCAGACAUAAACAUGCAUAUACAUAUACAUUCACAUAUACAUACACAUAUACACAUAACCUACUAACUCACCAUUUUCUUGAUUUUUGCUAAUCCUUUUUCCUACUCAAUAAAGUUUUCAUCUUUGAUACUGCAAAAGGGUUAGGGUUUUCAUUUCUUUUAUUUAUUUAUUUGGAGGCCCCUAUGAAUCUCUGUAAUUAUGAUUUCUUGUAAGUUUAUAUGCCAACUUUUACAGUUUAUUGUUUUCUUUAUUUCAGGUACAAACACAGAUCCACAAAGUACAACAGACAAAAGAAAAACAAAGAUGUAUGAACAAAGCAGUAAUUUUGAUCCAGCCAUGAAUUUACACGAAGAAGAAAGAGGAAUAAUUGGUCAAAACGACGUCGUUAAUUACCCUCACGAAAACCCUAAAAUCGCCGCCAUGGAAAUGGAGCUCCACCACCAACUCAACCUCGAAAUCGAACACUGCUUCAACAAUGGCUGCCAACAAAUCAACAACUGGCAAGUAGAACAAAUGAACGCAUCUUUCAAUCUUGAAAAUCACCAUAAUCAAAAUCAAAAUCAAAAUCAAGAUCCGAUUUUUAACACUACUCAAUACCCUACCACAACUGAUUUACUCAACAUUUUCCCUUUCCCAAAAUACCCUUCUCUCCUCUCAAACUCCUCAAUGAGUUUUUCAACCCAUAAUAAAAAUUCGAGCAACAACAAUUUCUUGGCUUCACUUGGGCUUAUGGGUGAGAUAAACCCUAAUGCAGGCGGCGACGGAACUUCCGCCUCGGGGAGCGUGAUUUACGACCCGUUAUUGCCGUUGAAUCUGCCCCCGCAGCCCCCUUCGUUGAGGGAUUUGUUCCACUCUUUGCCGAAUAAUUAUGCGAAGAAUGGUGGGUGUAGCUUGUUUGGCAAUGUGGAUGAGAGGGAUAAUAAUAACAAUCAUGGAAAUGUGGGAUUGAUGUAUCAAAAUGAUAACGGAGUUUUCGAGUUUACGGCCACCGGAGAAAUCGACUGCGUCGGCAAAAAUCGAGAUGGGAAAGAUAUCAAACACUUUGCCACUGAAAAACACAGAAGGGUUCAGUUCAAAGGCAAAUUUGAUGACUUGAGGAAAUUGGUUCCAAAUCCCACCAAGAAUGAUAGAGCUUCGAUAGUUCAAGACGCGAUCGACUAUAUAAACGAGCUGAAGAGAUCAGUGGCGGAGCUGCAACUGCUUGUGGAGAAGAAGAGGUGCAGUAGAGAGAGAAUGAAGAGGCCUAAGAUGGAAAACAACGAAAACGAAAACGAAUCGAAUUCCCUCGGUAAUUUGGAGAGCGGUUCGUCGCUAAGGAGCUCUUGGCUGCAACGGAAAUCGAAGAACACUGAGGUCGACGUGAGAAUCGUGGACGACGAAGUUACGGUGAAGCUCGUGCAGCAAAAGAGAAUCAAUUGUUUGCUUUACGUGUCGAAAGUUCUUGAUGAACUUCAAUUGGAUCUUCACCAUGUUGCUGGAGGGCUUAUUGGGGAUUAUUACAGCUUCCUAUUUAACUCCAAGAUUUGUGAAGGUUCAAUUGUGUAUGCAAGUGCAGUGGCAAACAAGCUGAUUGAAGUUGUGGAUAAACAGUAUGCUGCAAUUCCACCAUCUAGUAGCUAUUAGAAAAUCUUGGAGGCCCUUUUAAUUUC